CCCACGCUGCCCCAUCGCAUCAGCUAGAGACACCUGGCUGGGGCCGGUUCCCCCCGUGACCCCUUCCUUUCAGACAUGGCGACACUGCACUGGCUGCCCGGAUGCCUGGGUCCCUUCGUUGUCAUUCUCCUGGUCGGAUCCCCUAUUCCAGUGGCCUCCUCUGACGUCCGCUCCUGCCCGUGCACCCAGGGGUGCUGCCCGGCCGGCUGGUACCAGUACCGGGAUUCCUGCUACUACCCGGUGAUGGCCACCAAAGUCUGGUGGAAAGCCGAGACGGACUGCAAGGCUCUGGUGGAGGGCGCCCAUCUGGCAUCCGUGCACAGCGCCGAGGAGAACAACUUCAUCUAUCACCUCAUGGGCACCCCCAAAGACUACGAGAAAAAGGAAGCCUAUUGGCUCGGGGGCCGCCGCAACUCCCAGGGCCAGCUGGAGGGCGAGGGCUCCUGGCGUUGGACUGACGGCUCCGCGUGGCACUAUCACAACUUCGGGAACGGCAAGCCGGACAGGAUCACGGCGGAGACGUUCGUGGCCUCCUGGAAGUUGGAUCAAGAUGCUAUCACUUGGGAUAACUAUGAAGCUUCCUUGGAGUUCAUGUCCGUCUGCAAGCGCUCGCUGGACUGAUGGGCUUGAAGGGCGGCCCGGAGGUGCCCGCCUGGCUUGGCUGUGCCCUGGCCACUGGGGUGAUGUGCGGCUGCUGUGUGCCCCCUGGAUUCCCCCUCCAACGGGGGUCAGUGCGCCCCCUGCUGGUGCCCUGCAGACCUGGACACAGCUCCACUGCAUGCUAAGCCUGAAGUAAACCA